GGAAGAGACCUCAUCCUCCAAAACCGUUACCUCCUCAAUCGAGAAACCCACUAUGUUCCCGCCGCCCAGCCAGAUUCAACCCAACCCCCGUUCCCAAACUCCUUCCCCUGCCUCAAAUCUUCCUUAAUCCCCCUCCAAGAUGGAGGCGCUGGAGGUUUUGGGGGGCUACCCGACCAAGCCCUUAAACCCGAGAGCCCGAAUGGUCAGGUUUCUACUGAGUAUAAUGGUGUGCAUGGGAUGUUUAUUAAUGCUACAUAGUUUUCUCAACAUCUCCAAGUCCAGGAAGCCGCAAGAUUUCUAUUCUUUUGAGGUGAAGGACGCCAACGGGAAAAGCGUUUCUUUGGAGAGAUACCGAGGCAAAGCGUCUCUGGUUGUCAACGUGGCGAGCCACAGCGAACACACUGAGAAGAACUAUCGCUCUCUGCAGGAGCUGCACCGGGAAUUGGGUACGUCCCAUUUCAACGUCCUGGCUUUCCCCUGCGGCCAGUUUGGGGACACGGAGAUGGGGGCCAGCCGGGAGAUCGAGGCCUACGCCAAGAACACCUAUAGCGUCACCUUCAACAUCUUCAGUAAGGUCAAAAUCAUGGGGUCGGAGGCAGAGCCAGCCUUCAAAUUCAUAACAGAUUCUGUGAAGAAGGUUCCGAAGUGGAACUUCUGGAAGUUCCUGGUGAACCCUGAAGGCCAGGUGGUGAGGUUCUGGAAGGCAGAGGAGCCCGCCGAGAGCGUGCGUAAGGAGGCCAGAACCAUGGUGCGCCAGAUUAUUCUAAAGAAAAGGACAGAGCUCUGA